AUGGCGGAGGAUAACCUUCCUGAUGAUUUCGAUGUGAUUGUACUUGGAACGGGUUUCCCGGAGUCUGUGGUGGCAGCUUCUCUGUCAAGAGUGGGUCUGAAGGUUCUUCAUUUAGACAGGAAUGAUUAUUAUUCUGGACAGUGGGCCACAUUUACCUUUGACAGUUUGUUAAAGUGGAUUGAACUCAACCAGGGUGAAACUCAUGGAGGUGCAUCAGAUGAAUCUGGUGCCCACAACAAGGAACCACCAAGCUUGGAGUCUGGUACCUUCUCAGUCCCAGUUCCCAGCCACUCUAACACAGUGAGCAAUAUAGUGGUUAGAUCUUAUUUUAGUGAGAAAAAACAAGAGCAAGAGUUUGGUCUCUCUGAAUCAAAGGAGGACUCAACACUUGAAACAGCAGCAAGCUUCAGUGAAGCUUGGAAAUCUGUCGAGACCAAAGAGGUUAAACCAGUUCCAUCUGGUGAAAAUGACCCCUCAAAAGUAAUUGCAGGUGCAGAAGGAUCAGGAAAUGAAGCUGAAGGUUUUGUAGAUAGGCCAUCAGAUGAUAGCCAUGAGAAGUUGGAUACAUCUGACUUAAACAGUACUAGCAGUCCUACUCAGUUAGAAGAGAGUAAUGAAACUCCACUCAGUGAAGAAAAAGUUUCUGAUAAAGAUUUUAAGGAGAAUCAUGAUGAAGAGCUACCAACAGUAACAGAUUCCAGAGAUGGUCAAGAACUUUCCUCUUUGUCACAACCAAGGCAUAGAAGUGAAAAGAAGCCUGCUAUAUGUCCUGACAUGACAUAUGAUGAUCUGAAGCCAUACUGGAGAAGAUUCAACAUUGAUAUAUCUCCUAAACUUCUGUUCUCCAGAGGACCCUUAGUGGAGGCACUGAUCUCGGCAAAUAUUAGUCAUUAUGCAGAGUUCAAAACUGUAACCAGAAUAUUGACAUACAUGAAUGGACAAGUAGAAGAGGUACCAUGUUCAAGAGCUGAUGUAUUCAGCAGCAAUGCAAUAUCUGUGGUGGAGAAACGAAUGCUCAUGAAAUUUCUGACUUUCUGCCUUGAUUUUGAACAACAGCAAGAGCAGUAUGAAGGACAUGAAAACAAACCAUAUGUUGAAUUCCUCCAGUCACGCAGACUGACACCCAAUUUGCAGCAUUUCAUAAUUCAUGCCAUAGCCAUGGUCAAGCCUGAAACUGCAACAGUCAUUGGACUUAAGGCUACGCAAAGCUUUUUACAAUCACUUGGACGCUAUGGAAACACCCCUUUUAUUUGGCCCCUCUAUGGUGCUGGUGAGUUACCACAGGCAUUUUGCAGAAUGUGUGCGGUGUUUGGUGGUUUAUAUUGCCUUCGAAGAAGUGCAUCAGAAAUAACAAUCAGCAAGGAAAAUGGCAAGUGUACAGGAGUAAUUUCUGAGAAUCAGCUCCUGAAGUGUAAAUGGCUGAUAAUGGAGCAUUCAUAUGUCCCAAACAUUUACAAAAAGGAGUGCUGUCAGUUUGUUUCCAGAGGAGUUUUCAUAACAUCUAGUUCCUUGAAGAUUUCAAAGGAGGAGUGCGUAUCAGUUCUGUCUGUUCCUCCAUCAUUAGAAGGAGAAGAACCAGUGAGAGUCAUUCAAUUAGGGUCAGCCUCUAUGGCCAGCCCUAAUGGCCUCUAUGUGGUCCACUUAGUCAGUAAAGGUGUGACAUCAGCUAAGGAUGAUUUGGAAGCAACAGCAAACAAGUUGUUUCAUUUUCCUUCUGAAGGAAACCUUCACAGCGACAAGCCAACAGUUCUGUGGUCUUUGUAUUUCAACCAAUUUAUUCCUGAUUCCUCAUGUGUUGUUGACUUGCCAUCAAAUGUACAUGCUCUCUCGCUGCCUGGAUUGAGCUUAGGAUUUGGAGAGGCAUUGCAGCAGGCUAAGGAAGUGUUCGAAAAAAUCUGCCCUGAUGAAGAAUUCUUGCAGCCUGUUCCUAACCCAGAAGAUAUUAUAUUGGAUGACUUUCUACAGGAUCCAAAUCACAACACCCCACAAACAGACUUGGCAAAUCCUCAGAACGAUGAUAUCAUAGACGGUGGAGAGGGGAGAGCGUUACAUGAGCAAGCUGAGGGUGGGGAUGGUGGGGACAGCCAAUCAGUAGAAGAGAAAAAUGAGAGCGGAACUGGAGCGACUUCUUCUGAACCGCAGGAACAUUUGGCAAAUGAAUGAAAGUAAAUACAUAUGUUUUUGCAAAGGCUAAAAGAGACAGUGACAUUCCUGAGGCCACAUGGGGCUAGCUAUCGGCGUUCCACUCUCCUCCACUGACCCGAGCUGGCGUUUUCAAAAUGGAAGCUCUCUCGAAAGUUUCUUUAGGAAAAUUUUGUUUUCGGUGACCGAAUGAUCAAAAUAAGUUGGACGAUGAGGCAAACCGAUAAAAAUAGGCCCCAGAUUUAUCCGAAUGGUUGUGGACAGUGCUCAAACAAAAGCGUAAAAGGAAACCUUAGAAAUCUGGAGAGUAGGAUCUUUUCGAAAUCGACUAGCUCUGGAAACGAGGAUGAUAUUUUCUUAUUAUUAUUUCAUUAAUGUGCCAACGUUCAUAUCUCUCUUCUUGUUUGGGAAUCAAGCCAUGAAAUGGACUCAAGCAAGGAACAUUUGACUUCAGUGCGAGACAUUUCCUACAAGAUUGUAAUUUUUCUAAUGAAAUAAAAACAGUUAAAACAACAACUAGUGAAUAACCAGAAAUUUGCAAAAUCUGUAGGGUAAUUUUUAUCGCAUACCCUCUUUACUGGACUCUUUCUAAGAUUAAUGAAUCCACUUUGCGGAAUGUUUCAAAGUUUUGUUUUACGUUUCCGGUGUGUGCACGUGUCGGCGGAAGUGACCGAGACUGUCGGCGAAGUCACUAUUAUGUCGGCGCGUUGACCAUUAGUGUCGGCGAAGUGACCGGGUACUUAUAAAUCUAUUGGGAGUUAUUAUGCGGGCUAAAAAGAAUACGAAACUCUGGGAACCUUUACACAGUUUCUUCAUUAAAUCUGUUAUCUCAAGUUAA